GCGCGCCUGGUUGCCGUGGUUCCCGCAACCGGGGAGUGGCGGGGGGUAGGGGGAGGCCGCCGCUCUGCUCGAGCUGCUGCGGCCGCCCCCAGCCCUAGUCCUGAGCCAGACGCCAUGGCCUGAGCUGGCCCUCUCCGCUCUGCCGCCCCCUAAGGUCUCCCUGCCACCUUCCCGCCAUGGCCCGAGGGGCCGGCGAGGCGUCCGCGGAGGGGGAGCUGGGAGAUGACAGCCUAUCUGUGAUAACCUGUGAGUCAGAUACAGAAAUGAAGUUAAAGAAGAAAAUUUUUCACAAGCCUCCCAAGUCACCAAAGUCUCCAUACAGCUCUAGCACACAACUGUAUCCUAAAAAAGGUGCAGUUUGGCGAUCUCUGCAGGGAACAGGCAGUGUGUGCCUUGAGAGUGGAGCUGUAAAAACUCCAAGGCAGAGGUGUCUUGGAUCACUGAAACAAGGAAUGAGCCAUCCUCUGAAAUCAGAUGUUGACAUGGGCUAUAUGCGAACUAACUUUUCUAGUAGCACUCCAGAAUAUUUGAAGGAAGCUCUGGGAAUGAGGAAGCCAAAACAUUCUCGUUCUUCUAGUAAUGGUUACAUUCCUGGGACCCCUGACUACAAAGAAAAAGAAGAUAUGUAUGAUGAAAUUAUAGAACUGAAAAAGACAAUACAAGCUCAGAAAAUUGAGGGAGAUCAAAUGAAAACUAAGCUUCGUCGACUAGAAGAAGAGAACAAUAGAAAGGCCAAACUGAUUGAACAGCUGUUGGAUCCUUCCAGGGGCUCUGCGAUGGCGCGAGCUUUGUCAGAAAAGAAGACUGAUAAUGGAUGGGUGGUUAGUGGAUUAAACCAGAAGAUUCUCAAGCUAGAAGAUUGCAAGGAGCAAGACAACACUAUUAAAAAAUUCCAGGCAGACAUGAAGACCACUAAUUUGGAAGAAGUGAGGAUAGCAAUGGAAACCUACUAUGAAGAGGUUCAUCGUCUCCAGCUCCUCCUGGCAAAAUCUGAGGCUAUGAGGAAAAAUAUAGAGGGCAGAGAUACCCAAAACCAGCUGAAGGCACUGAAUACUUCUGUCCUGAGAUUAUCCAGGAACAUCAAGGAAUUGCAGAAUGAGAAUCAGAGGCUGAAAGAAGACCUAGAUCAUGUACUGAGCAGUUCUCCUCCUUCCAGUAAAACAAAAAAUUAUAAUGAGUGGAGCAGACAGAGGCUGGUGAGGCGGAUUUCCAAACUAGAAAAAGAAGUAUGUGCCAUGGAGAGUGCCCGAGUGUCAUCAGCUGAUAGCGAGUCAUCACAGUUACCUGCUGUGUCAUCUUUGCCUUCUGUAGACCUGGAUCAUCCAGCUUCUCACCAGGUAGACCAUGUUGAGGAAUGUCGUCGCCUCCAAGGGCUGGUGAAGAAACUGAAGAGGGAUAGGAAGGAGCUUCAAAAUCUCCUGCUCAAUAAAGAAUUAGAUAUCAAGCAGUUACUGCAGGCUAAGGCUGAAGUGGAGCUGGAGCUGCACAAGUGGCAGAAUAAGAUGGAAGAAAGGAAUACAGAAGAGCAGACUUUAAGUGAGGAAGUCCAGCACCUGACACGGAAAGUAGGGGAACUGGAGUCAAAAUUGGAGGAAGAGAAGAGACAAAUGGCAGAAGAUACAAUGGAAAAGCUUAAUAAAUCUUCACCAGUCUGCGUGAUUCAAGGCAAAGAAGAUCACAGGAAGGAGCAAGCAGCCAAAAUCAUCCAGAGGCAGUGGAAGAUGUACCGAAACAAGAAAGAAGAAAUUGCUCUGGACGAGGCAGUUGUUACACUUCAGGCAGCUUUCAGAGGACAUUUAGCUCGACAGAAGCUGUUACUGAAUAACAGGAUGGAUGAUGCAAAACCUCACAACAAGAACUCCUGCAUGUCUUCCAUGUCCAAGUCCCUGAGCUUGUCUUCUGAUUGCAAGGAGAAAGAUGAUAUUGUGACUUUCAUCCAGUCCAUUUUCAGGGCUCACUUAGUACGUACAGUACUGCUUGAAGAGAGUAUAUCUUUUUGCAGGCCCAAUGUGUCCAGUGCACCAAGUGAGAAAGAAGAACUCCAGAGAAGACCUUCAAUCUCCAUGUCAUCUCUUCCUGCCAGGUCCUCUGAGAAGCAGUCCCAGCCUACGAGUCCUUUAUCUGUGGAUGAAGAUCACUCAGAUGAUUCAGAUGAUAUUGUUGUUGUCUCUCCCGUGUUACAGAUGAAGAAAAACUACAGUCACUUUUAAGUUUUGGUAAUAGACUCUGGUGAUCUUGAACAACUCAAUUCACAAAACAUUUUCUACCAAGAUAAAACAUACCAAAGAUGAAAAAGGGAAGAUAUCAGCACCUUUUAAUGACAGUUGUCACUAUUUCAGCCAUAAAUGAAUUAUUGAUGCGUUGUCUCUGCAGACUUUAUGGCUAAAAGCCACUGACCGACUGUUAACCUCAUCCUCCUGGUAUACAGAGAGAGUUUAGAUUUAAACACUAAACAUUAAAAAAAAAUGAUGUCUUGCAAUGAGGAUUAUAAAUUCAAUUGACAAAUUCAAAUGAAAGCAAUAAAGCCUUAAGCUAUUUCAUAUCAAACAAGGCUUUGUUUCAGGUUCACUAAAAUAGUUAAUCAGAAAGUGGUUAAUGGUGUGGCUCCGAUUUUCAGCCUGUGUACAGGAAGAACAGCUUUUAUUUGUUACCAGCUCUUCUCUAUUUACAGAUUUUACCAUUACUUAUUUUAAUAUCUUUUUUGUUUAUUUUUAUACUGAACAUUUACAGUCUGUGCUGACCUUGUAAAGGUUUUUAGAAAGUCAGUUCUUUGUCAUGGGGCUAUUCUAGGCCUACUGUUUCAGCAGGGUUUUCUUAUUUAUUGCCUUUUCCAAGUGUGCUUGCUAUGAUACGUGUAGAACUGUUUUCUAUUUGUAAUGUCUGAUUUCAUAAUCAGUUUUUUGUCUUUUGUCAGAGAAGGUGUGUAACAGCAGGAGUGUUCUGUGAAGAAUACUCUUGUGACUGACUGCUUUUCCAAGUUAUCUGUCACAAAUAUGAAUGGAGCAUGCAGGGUCAUCUCUAAUAUAUGAAAACAUUUGAUGUAGGAGAUAAGUUGCUUUAUGUCCCAUUUUACCUUAUGCCACUUGACUGUCUCAGACUUUUCCUGAACUAGAUCACUCAUAUGCUCAACACUAAGGGGUUUUGAGUCUAAUACUGCUUUGCUGCUGUUGAUCUCUCUUCUCAGUACUACUUUGCAUGUACCUACAUUAUAGAAGUAUAUACAUACACAGAUGUACAUACUGCAAGUGCACAGUAAGUCCAGUCACAGGCUGGGAGAGGGAUCACAGCAUACAGCCAUCUUCUGCCAUCAGGUGGAACUCAGAGGCUGGCUGCUGGAAAGCAGGGAUGCUCCAGCUCUACUCUGGAGUAUUUGGAUUGGGAUGAACAUAAUAUUCAAAACACAACCCGUGCAAUUUGGUUUGGAAGCAGAAUUGAUGGGUUGGAUUCUAAUAGAAAUUAAGACUAUAUCCAGAAUUAACAUUAUUUGACAAUAUUGUUGUCCAUGGAAGGACAUGGACAUGCCAUUGUCAAAGACAUAACAGCCUGUUAUUAAGCCUGUGCAGAAUAUGGUCAGAGGGAUCUUUCCAGGUCUCCUAGUUAUGCAGAUUGAGCCCCUUCUUGACUGGAAGGAGGGCAUUAUGGUUCCUGCUGUCAUGCCAACAGCCUCCACAGGCAUUACAAUGUGUGUGAGGGUGUUUUUAAGGUGAACUAGAUAAAAAUUAUUAUAUUAACUGGAAGGAGAAUUUAAUUUUACAGACAUACAGUGAAGUUUUUGUGGAGACCCUAAUGGUCUCUUUGUCAUCAAGGAGCAAUAAAGACUCCUGUAAACAGAAAGCAAACUUAUAUUUAAAAGAUUUUUAUCAGCUUUUCCCUCUUCUUUUUUAAAUUAAAAAUCAGCCACCACUGUUUCACAGAACACUGAUAAGUCAGAGCUGUCUCGGUUCUUUGAUUUCAAUGAAGCACUAUCUGAGGCUUAUCAUAGUUCAUGCCAGUACUUGCAGCCAAAGAGGAAACUGGAUGGCUGCAGCACAAUGCAGCUGAUUUCUUUUAAUCCCAUCAGUGGAAAUGCUGCCUGUGCUGUUUCCAAAGGCAGUUUUGGGAGCUUUCCAUACCCAAAGCAGUCUGAAGAAUGUCAUUUAUGUUCCCAUUGGGUAAAUUUUUCCUGCUGGUACUUUGGUCACGUGACUGUCAUCUGCAGAAAGGAUAAAAAAAAUAUAAAAUAAAAGAAUAAAAGAGAUAGAAUCCUCUUGGCAGAAGCUGAGACCUGUUUCCCUCUUUUUCUGGAAAUCAUGUUACGAAAAAAAGUAAUUUUGCAGAUCUGUACCGAGUUGCCUGUGUAUAAUAUUUCAAGUUUCUAACUGUGACUCUGUCAUGGAUACAUCCAGAGAGAGUAACCAGAGAUGAGGACUCUGACACAGAAAGGGGAGAGUAUGUGGUGUGUUAGGACCAAGACUAAUAUAAAAUACUCACCUAGCUGUUAUCCUCCAGGGAAAUACUUGGACAGCAAAUAUAAUGAAGUUGACAUUCUUUUACUGUGCUGUAAUAACCAAUAUGAAAGGAUUAGGAAGUAAACAGAGAGCAGAAAGACUUGUGUUUUAACUGAGUGUAUAACUAGCAGUAGGGCUGUCAACAGGCAAGUUCUGGGAUAAGGGGGAGUUGGUAUCUUGGUGUGACCCAAAGGCACAGACACAAAUCAGGGUGAAAAAGAGUGAAUGCUUUCUAGGAUGAAUGAAAAUGUGUCUAGAGUUUCCUAAAUUUGAGUCUUAUCUCCCACCAAUCAAAAAUCUGGUACUUAACUUGACCUGGGCUUCAAACUCGUAUCUUGUUUUGGAACAUAACUAUGUUUGCUGCACAUCAAAAGUUUGGUGUGGUACGAUAGAUGCACUUCCACAGAAUUAGCAGUCUUUAUUGUUGUUUCCUUAUGUAUUGUAAUGGAAUGUGGUGAAAGGAGUUGUAACUGGCACUAGGCUUCAUUCUGUCAUAACUAUCUGAAUGCCAGCACCCGUAGGGAGGAAGUAUGGACCAAUGAAGGAAGAAAAAGUUUCAUUUGGGAGUAAAUGGUGGUUUUGCUUGACAGGGAAUUGAGGACAGCAAAAAUCGAUGGAGCUCAAACCUGCCAAGGUAGGCACAAUAUACUCUAAGUGGUCCUGCUCUGGCAAGGUGGGUUGAACUAGAUGAUUUUUCAAGGUCCCCUCCAGCCCUUGAGAUUCUGUUAUUCUGUGAUUCUGAAAAAUACAUCUUCUGUAGAAAGCACUGGCUACCUUGUCAGGGUGUCAAGGUCUUGACUUGAAAUUAAACUCCACUGUCACCUAUGUAAUCUAGCACCACACUUUCCCUUCUACUGAUACGGGAUAAUGUUGCCUACUUAAAACCUUCUGCAAUUUUCAGUAGUGUGUAGUUAGAGAUCAUGUGGUAAUACAGAGAUCUGACUUUCAUGGGAUGUUACGUCUUGAUCCUUUUUGGCCUUAAAUGCAUGUGGCUGUAAAUCUUCAUUGAGGCAUCAGGACCUGAAAACUGUAUUGUUUUCUGCAUAGCUAUAAAAAUAAUCCCUCUACAGGCAACUUCUAAUAAAGCUGAAAUGGAAAAGGAUUCAUCUUGGCAUAUGAGACCACCAUUAAUUUUCAUGAUCUUUUUAAUAUUUAGAACUGAGCAAGUCUUUAUGUAAUUUAU